AUGGGACUUUAUGUUGACGAUGAUGAAGAUAGUUCAGUCUAUUUAAUCUAUUCUUCUAAUGCCAAUGGAAAAGGUACAAAUGGUGCUUUGAGAAUUUCCAAGUUAACAAAUGAUGGUUUAGACAUUGAAAUAGAAAAUGUGGCAACAGGUAGAGGUCAGUUAGAAUCUCCUGUUAUUUUCAAGCAAGAUAACAAGUACACCUUGAUGGUGUCUCACACUAGUGGCUGGGCAAGCAAUGAUAACGUGUAUGUGCAAGCCGACAGUAUAGCAGAAUUAAUGAACGGAUCAUUUUCACUUUUUCUUGCUCCCGAGGGUACCCAUACUUUUGAUUCCCAGUGUCACUAUGCUUUCCCAUUGUCAGGUGUAUCUGGAAACUAUUCAAAUUUCGUUUACAUGGGAGACAGGUACAUUAAUCCAGGUUUAAACAAUUCUGAAUAUUGUUGGACACCGAUCAAUGUGACCAAUUCUGGCGUUUCUUUGAUGGAUGCCCAUACGUGGACAUUUAAGAAUAAAGAAUUUGUUACUCAGGGAAGCUGGAAUCAGGAAAUCUAG